AUGGAGCUCGUAUAUUUCAGCAAUGAGUUCCCGAGGGAAGACCUCCAGGACCUAUUCCGUCGCUUGCAUAACCAUAGCAAGGGCAAGAAUCACCCUGUCUUGGCUCGCUUCAUACAGGAAGCUACAUGGGCAGUCAAGGAUGAAGUUCGUCGACUUCCAAUGGAGCUGCAGCAGCUCAUUCCACCGUUUGAAACCCUUUUAAGCUGGGUAGAAAAUACUGAGCUUAGAGAAGGAUAUGCAGAGAAUCACCCUGAAUCGCUGAGUGACUUGACCAAUACAUGCCUUGCUGGUCUAGGUAUUGGCCUCCUAGCCUCGACUGCGGUUUCCCUAUCAUCGACAUUGGCUAGCUUGCCCCUGGCCGGUGCAGAUGCAGUCCGUCUGGCCUUCCGCUUAGGAAUACAUGUCGAAGGCGUCUCAGAAAACUUGGAAGCCCGUGAUCUGUCGGAAAAGCCUGAUACGUGGGCGUACGUGGUUCACAAUGUAAACCCAGAAGCCGCCCAAAAGGAGUUAGACGACAUGCACUCCCUACUGGAGACCCCAGAAACUGGCAAGCUCUUUGUAAGUGCCGUUAGCCGGACUUCAGUAACAGUGAGCGGGCCUCCGUCACGGCUAAAAGUGCUGUUCAACAAGUCUGAAUUUUUCCGUGGGACAAGAUUUAUUGCACUGCCAGUCUAUGGUGGUCUCUGCCAUGCACCGCAUAUUUUCGGCGACAGAGACAUUCAGAGCAUCGUCUAUAGAAGCUCGCUGAACAGUAUCAGCACAAAUGCCUGCCCAGUCGUGCCAGUAUAUUCGACUAGCACAGGCUUACCAUAUCCAGCCAAAACUGCGACAGAGCUCUUUGAAUCCGUAGUUGCCGAGCUUCUCACACAGGCAAUUCAUUGGGAUCGCGUCAUUCUCGGUCUGCUUGACCGAGGUAAAUGCACCGGAGCCUCUGAGGCGGUAUUGCAUUGCUUUGGCAAUUCCAUUGCCCUGAACGACCUCAACACGGCCUUAGAGAAUGAUCUGCCGGAGCUCGAAAUUGUGGUCAACAGCCUCAUCGCAUGGAUCUUUCAAGCCUCACCAACAGGCACCAUACCCCGCGGCCCUGCACAGUCAAAGCUUGCCAUCAUCGGCAUGUCUUGCAGACUCCCAGGAGGCGCAAACAAUACCGAGAAGUUCUGGGAACUCUUAGAACAAGGUCUGGAUGUUUCUCGGCGCGUCCCAGCUGAUCGAUUCGACAUUGACACGCACUUUGACCCAACUGGCAAAGACCUCAAUAAGAGCAUGACGGAGUACGGGUGUUUCAUCGACGAGCCCGGCUUGUUCGACGCCCCCUUCUUCAACAUGUCUCCACGCGAAGCCCAAGUUGUUGAUCCGCAGAUGCGCCUAGCCUUGGUUACUGCAUACGAAGCAUUGGAACGUGCGGGAUAUGUGGGUAACCGAACUGCUUCCACACAGUUGCAACGAAUUGGUACGUUUUAUGGCCAGGCUGCUGAUGACUACCGCGAGGUCAAUCAAGGCCAGGAGGUCAGUACCUACUACAUCCCUGGUGGAUGUCGUGCCUUUGGCCCUGGCCGUAUAAACUACUUUUUUAAAUUUUCUGGCCCGAGUUACAGUAUUGACACUGCCUGUUCUUCGGGGCUUGCAGCGAUUGAGGUAGCAUGCCAGGCUCUGUGGAGUGGUCAGGUGGACACCGCCGUGACUGGUGGUGUCAACGUGUUGACCAACCCUGAUGGCUUCACGGGAUUGUGUAAUGGCCACUUUCUCACCAAGGGACACAAUGCGUGCAAGACCUGGGAUGCUACGGCUGAUGGGUACUGUCGAGCUGACGGCAUUGGGUCCGUGGUGAUCAAGAGACUCGAAGACGCCGAAGCAGACAACGACAAUAUCUUGGGAGUCAUUCUUGGCGCUGGAACGAAUCAUUCGGCUGAAGCUGUUUCCAUAACUCAUCCGCACGCGGGCCAUCAAGCCUAUCUCUCACGCCAGGUACUUCGUCAAGCCGGGGUAGAUCCUUUGGACGUGUCGUAUGUCGAGCUCCACGGAACUGGCACGCAGGCCGGAGACCAUGAGGAGAUGCAGGGGAUCAUGGAAGUGUAUGCCCCUCUCACAAAACGCCGCAGUAAGGACCAGCCCUUGCACAUUGGCUCUGUGAAAGCAAAUGUCGGCCACGGCGAGUCUGUUGCUGGAGCUACCUCGUUGGUCAAGGUGCUUCUCAUGCUCCAAAAGAACGCCAUUCCACCCCAUAUUGGCAUCAAAACAGAGAUAAAUCCCAAGUUUCCCCGAGACUUUGACAAGCGUAACCUGAAUAUCCCAUUUGAAAUGACGGUCUGGCCGCAGAUUCCAGGCAAGAAGCGGAUUCUUGCUGUCAAUAAUUUUGGUGCCGCCGGUGGAAACACGACCAUGGUCUUGGAGGAAGCACCAAUUCGCGAUAUCGAAGAAAAAGAUCCUCGUCAAACUCAUACGGUCACCGUGUCGGCCAAGACUAAGGGAUCACUUUCGGGGAACCUUGAGCGAUUGAUUGCACAUCUCGAUGCGCAUCCCGAUAUCAACCUCGCUGACCUUGCGUACACGACAACUGCACGCCGGUACCAUCACAGCCACCGAGUUGCAAUUGCUACCACGGAUGUAAACCAUCUGAAGAAGCAACUGGCUUCUCGCUUGGAAAAGGUUGAUUCGAUCAAGCCUGUUGGAAAGUCUGGGCCGCCGCCAGUUGCUUUCACAUUUACAGGUCAGGGAGCCUCGUACAAAUCGAUGAGCCUGGAAUUUUACCGAGACGUGCCUGUGUUCCGAGAGCACAUUCAACAUCUCAACUCUCUUGCCAAAGGUCAAGGAUUCCCGUCUUUCAUUCCCGCACUUGAUGGAUCACACCACCAAGACCACGCACACUCUCCGAUCGUUACUCAGCUGGCACUAGUCUGUACUGAGAUUGCUCUAGCCAAGUACUGGGCUACUCUUGGAGUCAAGCCAGACGUGGUCAUGGGCCAUAGUCUAGGUGAAUACGCGGCAAUGCAUGUAGCCGGAGUCGUCAGUGCCAACGACACCAUAUUCAUGGUUGGACAGCGCGCUCGGAUGCUAGAACAAGAAUGCGAGAUUGGCAGUCACACCAUGCUGGCAGUACGAGCGUCUCUUGCCCAGAUUGCAGAGAGCUCUGCAGGCAGGCCACACACGAUUGCCUGCGUCAACGGACCCUCGGACACGGUGCUAAGUGGGACCAAACUCCAGAUGGACGAGAUCGCACUCGUCCUAGAGGCAGUUGGAUAUCGUUGUAUCAAGCUUGAUGUUGCAUUUGCUUUUCACUCCGAGCAAACAGACCCUAUCCUAGACAAGUUUGAAGCCCUUGCCAAAUCCGGGGUGAUAUUCCAAGAGCCAAAAUUGCCCGUCAUUUCACCACUGCUCGGGAAAGUGAUAUUUGAUGGCAAAACGCUAAAUGCAAACUACGUUCGUCGAGCCACGAGAGAAGCAGUCGACUUCCUUGCAGCAUUGGAGAACGCGCAAAACAUCUCUGCCGUAAGCGACGAGACCGUCUGGAUUGAGAUUGGGCCGCACCCCGUCUGCACUGGCUUCGUCCGGUCAACCAUUCCGACCACCCAGCUCACCAUCCCCUCUCUGCGGCGGGGUGAGGAUAACUGGAAGACUAUGACAGAAAGCAUGGCAGCUCUUCAUCUUGCCGGGAUCGAUGCUAGUUGGAAUGAGUUCCAUCGCCCAUUUGAAAAAAGGCUGCGUCUACUUGAUUUGCCGACUUAUGCGUGGAACAAUAAGACUUACUGGCUGCAAUACAAAGGAGACUGGUGCUUAACCAAGGGAAAUACAUUCUAUGAUGCUGAGAAAGAAGCCGCCAAGGCAAAGCUCAUCUCAAGGGCACAAUCAACAAGCGAGGUGCAGACAUCUACCGUGCAGCAGAUAAUCGAGCAGAAUUUCCACGGUUCUGCUGGUACAGUGGUCAUGCAGUCGGAUGUUAUGCAACCGGACUUCCUCGCCGCCGCCUACGGACAUCGUAUGAACAAUUGUGGUGUGGCAACUUCGUCCAUUCAUGCGGAUAUUGCGUACACCCUGGGCGAAUACAUACACCGCAAACUACGGCCUAAGACAAAGCAGGUGCAUAUGAACAUUGUAAAUCUGCACGUAACCAAAGGGUUAGUAGCUCAGAGCGACACCAAAACACCUCAAUUGAUCCGUGUGACCGCGACUACUGCCAAUAUCGAUAUGAUAAUUGUCGACCUGACAUGGCAAAACGUCGACAACGACGGCAACGCCAGUGAGCCAUUUGCUACAGCUCAGAUACUCUACGGCGAGGCAUCCGAAUGGCUCUCCUCAUGGGCCCCCAUAGCGCAUCUCGUGCAUGGCCGGAUCGAAGCACUAGAGAACAUGGCUGCAGUGGGUCAAGCAAACCGGCUCUCACGCAACAUGGCCUACACGCUUUUUGCCAGCAAUCUAGUCGACUAUGCAGAGAAGUACCGCGGUAUGCAGUCUGUUGUGAUGCAUGAACUGGAAGCGUUUGCGGACGUACAGCUUACUACCAAGGAGGGCGGCGUGUGGACUGUGCCGCCGUACUUUAUCGACAGUGUAGCGCACUUGGCUGGGUUUAUAAUGAACUGCUCCGAUGCAAUGGACACGAAGAAUAACUACUGCGUGACCCCUGGCUGGAACUCAAUGCGAUUUGCCAAGCCAUUAGUUCCUGGCGCCAAAUACCGGUCGUAUGUCAAGAUGCUUCCAACUGUCGAGGAUCCUACCGUCUACUUUGGCGACGUCUACAUCAUGCAGGACAACGUUAUCAUGGGUGUGGUCGGGGGAAUGGAGUUCCGUCGCUAUCCACGUAUUCUCCUUGCGCGGUUCUUCUCGCCUCCGGACAAGAUGGCAGCCCUGGAGGGCAAGACAGCUACGGCAAAGCCUUCAGUGCUAGUACCAAAGCCCGUGAUAGAGGCAAAGCCUCCCAGUGCAACUAUCAAACCCGAAAAGACCCAGUCUACACCAUCCGCGGCAGAUACAACGCCGGCAGAACCCAAACCAGCAGCAGCAGAGACAACGGUUGAAUCAGUUGCGUCCUCCGGCAGCAUCACCGCCAAAGCUCUGAUGCUCAUUGCCAAAGAGGCCGCUCUACAGAUCUCCGAGCUAGAGGACGACGCAAGUUUCUCCCACCUGGGUAUCGACAGUCUGAUGUCGCUAGUCAUCUCCGAGAAGUUCAGGACGGAGCUGGACGUCAAAGUCGGUGGCAGUCUCUUCUUGGAUUAUCCAACGAUUGGAGACUUGCAAUGA